UUUAGGUUCAUUUAUUUUUUAAUUUUUUAGAUAAAUUUUUCCAUGGAGCGUGGCCAAAGUCGUGCAAGACAAUGGCGUCAAUCAUUGAGUCCUGAAGAACAUCAAAGAUAUCUAGCUCGACGACGUCUAAUAGCACAAGAAAAAAGACAACAAAUUCCAACUCUAUAUGAUGAUCAUACUAUGACAUCCCCCAGUAACAUACAACAAGAAAUUCCUGGUCCCAAUAAUAUACAAGAACGGGUUCAGUUGGCUAACUAUGAUGUUGAGGUCGACCCCAGUAAUAUAGAACAACAAAUUCCUGAACAAAUUGAGCAUGAAAGCGCGAAUUCAAGGGUUUUGUCAGAUAUCACAAAUCAUGAUGACCAAACUUCUACUAGAAUGCGUACUCAUAUGGGACAGUUAGCACAUUCAAAUAGGUCACAAAUAUCUUAUGGGAUGCUCUCAAUUCCUCCCCACAAUGGUUGCCAAUUAUCUGCUCCAACCACAUGUCCGUACUGCUAUGCACGAUUGUUUGCUCGAGAAACUUUGAAUAUGUGUUGCUUGAAAGGAAGAAUUGUUUUACCCCCAAUACAAUCCCCACCAGAAAUGGUUGCUCUUUUCUCUGACCAAACAAAUGAGGGUAGACACUUCAGGCAAAAAAUUCGAGCUUACAAUCAUGCAUUUGCAUUCACUUCAAUGGGAGUACACGUGGAUGAAAGAAUUAAUAUUGGUGGUCGUGGGAUUUACACAUUUCGUGCUCAAGGUGCAUUAUAUCAUAAGAUUGGUGGACUUUUACCAAAUGAAGGGAACAGACCGCGAUUUUUACAAGCUUAUAUAUAUGACACUGAGCAUGAAGUUGAAAACCGAAUGUGUGAAAGUGAAGUUUUAGAUAGACGUGUGGUUGAAAAGAUACAACAUAUGUUGAACAACCAUAAUCCUUUUGUUCAUACAUUGCGAAGCCUCGGACAACGCCAAGAUUUGCCGAAUUGCAAGUUGAUCCUAAAAGAGCAACCAAUAGAUCGGCGUCAGUAUACUCUACCAUCAGCAUCACAAGUUGCGGCAAUUAUAAUAGACGGAGAUAAUGCCACAAUUGCAAAUGGAAGGGAUAUCGUGGUGGAGACAAUUAGUGGAAGACUUUCUCACGUCCGAGACUAUGUUGGAUUUUAUGAUCCCUUACAAUAUCCACUAUUGCUGCCUUACGGUACAUAUGGAUGGGAUGUUAACAGUCGUGAUGAUGGUGGAAGAGCAAUAACAUGUUGUGACUAUUAUGCUUAUAUGUUACAGAUACGCCAUAAUGGAUCAUCACUUUUGCUUCGAGGUGGACGUCUCUUGCAACAAUAUGUUGUAGAUAACUACAUUAAAAUUGAAUCACAAAAACUUAGAUGGUUGCGUUCUAAUCAAGCCACUGUUAGAGCGGAUCUCUACAAAGGACUUGAAGACUCUCUAAAUGCAGGUCAACACAAUGCAGGUAGCAUCGGGCGUAGAAUUAUUUUACCAUCAUCAUUUGUUGGAAGCCCACGUGACAUGUACCAACGAUAUCAAGACGCAAUGACUUUGGUUCAAAGAUUCGGAAAGCCAGAUCUUUUUAUUACCAUGACAUGUAACCCAAGUUGGGAAGAAAUCAAAAGCGAAUUACUCGCUGGACAAACUCCACAAGAUCGCCCUGACUUACUCACUAGAGUAUUUCGUGCAAAACUUGAGCAACUAAAAGAAGACAUCAUUGAAAAGGGGGUAUUGGGCAAUGUUGUUGCUUACGCAUACGUUAUUGAGUUUCAGAAACGUGGUCUUCCACAUGUGCAUAUGCUGGUUGUGUUAGAUGAAAAUGAUAAGAUCAAUAACCCAGAUGAGUAUGACCGAAUUGUUAGAGCUGAAAUACCAAAUGAAGAUGUAGAGCCUCAACUUUAUAAUGUGGUGUUAAAGCAUAUGAUUCAUGGCCCGUGUGGGAUUCAUAAUCCUCUAUCUCCAUGUAUGAAAAAUGGGAGUUGUAAGAGAAAGUUUCCCAAACCAUUUGCACCAGUCACCGUUCAAGGGAAUGAUUCGUAUCCAAUUUAUCAAAGGCGAGGAAAUCGAUUGCCCGUCUCACUUAAUCGACAAGGAAACAUAAUGGUUGAUAAUAGUUGGGUCAUUCCGUAUAAUCCAUGGUUGCUGUUAAGGUAUGAUUGUCACAUCAAUGUCGAAAUUUGCGCAAGCAUAAAAAGUGUCAAGUACUUAUAUAAGUAUGUUUACAAAGGCCCAGACAGAGUAACAGUUGAAGUGCAAUCAGACCCUCAAUACGAUGAAAUAAAGCAGUUUCAGGAUGCAAGAUGGGUUUGCGCACCAGAGGCAUUAUGGAAAAUAUUCAAGUUCAUUAUUAAUCGAAUUUAUCCAUCUGUUGAGCGAAUGCAAAUACAUCUUCCUAAUAUGCACCAAGUUCAGUUUCGUGCCGAUGAAAGCAUAACAAAUAUUCUACAUGAUGAGAGUACAAGAAAGACAAUGUUGACUGAAUUUUUUACACUUAAUCAUGUGGAUGCAGAAGCGCGACAUUAUUUAUACAUGGAGAUACCAUCACAUUACAGAUGGAUUCAAGCUCAAAGAAAGUGGUCUAAAAGAAAGAAUCGUAACAAGGUUAUUGGGCGAAUAUAUGCAGUUUCACCUGCUGAAGGCGAAAAAUUUUACCUUCGGAUUCUUCUUAAUCAUGUUAGAGGACCAACAUCCUUCACAAACUUGAGAACAGUUAAUGGGGUUUUGCAUCCAACAUUUAAGCAGGCAGCAGAACAACGAGGUUUGUUAGAAAGAGAUGACAGUAUUCGACAAUGUUUGUUAGAGGCCUCCACAAUUCAGAUGCCGUCGGCUUUAAGAAGAUUAUUCGUCACCAUAUUGGUAUAUUGUGCACCAAUUGGUGUUCGAGGGUUAUGGGAUGAGUUCUGUCCAUUCAUGAUGGAAGAUUAUGUUUCCAUGACUAACAUAACUCCCACACUUGCUACCAACAUACUCUUGCGUGAGUUGAACAUACUUUUGGUUCAAUUUAACAAGAGUAUAAACGAGUUUGAUUUGCCCCAAAUGACAAGAGGAAAUGAAUCAAGUUCAGGAAUGACGGGAUGUAUUGAAGAUGAAAUAUCCAUAUGUAUUCCACAACAAGAUCUUGAUGCAAUUGAACGCUUAAAUGAUGACCAAAAAAGUGCGUUUAACAUAAUAAUGGGUGCAGUUCAACGAUCGGAUAAUGCAACUUUUUUUGUGGAUGGUCCCGGUGGAACUGGAAAAACUUACUUAUAUCGUGCAUUGUUAGCAAGCUUGAGAAGGUUGGGGCACAUAGUAUUAGCAACAGCAUCAUCUGGAAUAGCAGCUACGAUAUUGCCUGGUGGGAGGACAGCACAUUCUAAAUUCAAGAUACCACUUAGUCUCGAUGCAUCAUCGAUGUGUUCGAUCGGUAAACAAUCUGAUUUAGCAAAGCUAAUACAAAAGGCAAAGGCAAUUAUUUGGGAUGAAGCAACAAUGACGCAUCGUCAUGCAUUUGAAGCACUCGAUCGAACGUUCAGAGACUUAACAGAUAUUGACUUACCAUUUGGGGGGAAAAUAAUGAUAUUUGGGGGAGAUUUUCGACAAGUUCUUCCUAUGUUAUUAUGGAUGAUAUGGUAA